AUGGUCCGGCUCCUCUUGGUUUUCUUCCCAGCUAUCUUUUUGGAGAUGUCCCUUCUCCCCAGAGGCCCCGGCAGGAAACUGUUGCUGGCAGGAGCCUCGUCUCAGCGCUCAGUGGCCAGAAUGGACGGAGAUGUCAUCAUUGGGGCCCUCUUUUCAGUCCACCACCAGCCUCCGGCCGAGAAGGUCCCCGAGAGGAAGUGUGGGGAGAUCAGGGAGCAGUAUGGCAUCCAGAGGGUGGAGGCCAUGUUCCACACGUUGGAUGAGAUCAACGCGGACCCGGUCCUCCUGCCCAACAUCACCCUGGGCAGUGAGAUCCGAGAUUCCUGCUGGCACUCCUCUGUGGCUCUGGAGCAGAGCAUUGAGUUCAUCAGGGACUCUCUGAUUUCCAUUCGAGACGAGAAGGACGGGUUCAACCGGUGCCUGCCUGACGGCCAGACCCUCCCCCCCGGCAGGACUAAGAAGCCCAUUGCCGGCGUGAUCGGCCCGGGCUCCAGCUCCGUAGCUAUUCAAGUGCAGAACCUGCUCCAGCUCUUCAACAUACCCCAGAUCGCAUAUUCCGCCACAAGCAUCGACCUGAGCGACAAAACUUUGUACAAAUACUUCCUGAGGGUUGUCCCUUCUGAUACUUUGCAGGCAAGGGCGAUGCUUGACAUAGUCAAGCGUUACAAUUGGACCUAUGUCUCCGCGGUCCACACGGAAGGGAAUUACGGGGAGAGCGGAAUGGAUGCUUUCAAAGAGCUGGCUGCCCAGGAAGGCCUCUGCAUCGCCCAUUCAGACAAAAUCUACAGCAAUGCUGGGGAGAAGAGUUUUGACCGACUUCUGCGCAAGCUCCGAGAGCGGCUUCCCAAAGCCAGAGUGGUGGUUUGCUUCUGCGAAGGCAUGACCGUCAGAGGCCUCCUGAGUGCCAUGCGACGCCUGGGAGUCGUGGGCGAGUUCUCCCUCAUAGGAAGUGAUGGCUGGGCAGACAGAGAUGAAGUCAUUGAAGGUUAUGAGGUGGAAGCCAACGGGGGAAUCACGAUAAAGCUGCAGUCUCCAGAGGUCAGGUCCUUUGAUGAUUAUUUCCUGAAACUGAGGCUGGACACUAAUACGCGGAAUCCCUGGUUCCCUGAGUUCUGGCAACAUCGGUUCCAGUGCCGCCUACCAGGACACAUUCUGGAAAAUCCCAACUUUAAAAGAAUCUGCACAGGCAAUGAAAGCUUAGAAGAAAACUAUGUCCAGGACAGUAAGAUGGGGUUUGUCAUCAAUGCCAUCUAUGCCAUGGCACAUGGGCUACAGAACAUGCACCAUGCCCUCUGCCCUGGCCAUGUGGGCCUCUGUGAUGCCAUGAAGCCCAUCGAUGGCAGCAAACUCCUGGACUUCCUCAUCAAGUCCACGUUCAUCGGUGUGUCUGGAGAGGAGGUGUGGUUUGAUGACAAAGGGGAUGCUCCUGGAAGGUAUGAUAUCAUGAAUCUGCAGUACACUGAAGCUAAUCGCUAUGACUAUGUACAUGUUGGAACUUGGCAUGAAGGGGUGUUGAACAUUGAUGAUUACAAAAUCCAAAUGAACAAGAGUGGAAUGGUGCGGUCUGUGUGCAGUGAGCCUUGCUUAAAGGGUCAAAUUAAGGUCAUACGGAAAGGAGAAGUCAGUUGCUGCUGGAUUUGCACUGCCUGCAAAGAGAAUGAAUAUGUGCAAGAUGAAUUCACCUGCAAAGCUUGUGACUUGGGAUGGUGGCCCAAUGCAGAUCUAACAGGCUGUGAACCCAUUCCUGUCCGCUAUCUGGAGUGGAGCAACAUAGAAUCCAUCAUAGCCAUUGCCUUUUCCUGCCUGGGAAUCCUUGUUACCUUGUUUGUUACCCUUAUCUUCGUGCUGUACCGGGAUACGCCAGUGGUCAAAUCCUCCAGUCGGGAGCUCUGCUACAUUAUUCUAGCUGGAAUCUUCCUCGGUUACGUGUGCCCUUUCACUCUCAUUGCCAAACCUACUACCACAUCCUGCUACCUCCAGCGCCUCCUGGUCGGCCUCUCCUCUGCCAUGUGCUACUCUGCUUUAGUGACCAAAACGAAUCGCAUUGCACGCAUCCUGGCUGGCAGCAAGAAGAAGAUCUGCACCCGCAAGCCCAGGUUUAUGAGUGCCUGGGCCCAGGUGAUCAUUGCCUCAAUUCUCAUUAGUGUGCAGCUAACUUUGGUGGUAACCCUGAUCAUCAUGGAGCCCCCCAUGCCCAUUCUGUCCUACCCAAGCAUCAAAGAAGUCUACCUUAUCUGCAAUACCAGCAACUUGGGUGUGGUGGCCCCUCUGGGCUACAAUGGACUCCUCAUCAUGAGCUGUACCUACUAUGCCUUCAAGACCCGCAACGUGCCCGCCAACUUCAAUGAGGCCAAAUAUAUCGCCUUCACCAUGUACACCACCUGCAUCAUUUGGCUGGCUUUUGUGCCCAUUUACUUUGGGAGCAACUACAAGAUCAUCACUACCUGCUUUGCAGUGAGCCUCAGUGUAACGGUGGCCCUGGGGUGCAUGUUCACUCCCAAGAUGUACAUCAUCAUUGCCAAGCCUGAGAGGAAUGUACGCAGUGCCUUCACCACCUCAGAUGUAGUCCGCAUGCAUGUUGGCGAUGGCAAGCUGCCCUGCCGCUCCAACACUUUCCUCAACAUUUUCCGAAGAAAGAAACCAGGGGCAGGGAAUGCCAAUUUUAAUGGCAAGUCUGUGUCAUGGUCUGAACCAGGUGGAAGACAGGUGCCCAAGGGACAGCACAUGUGGCACCGCCUCUCUGUGCACGUGAAGACCAAUGAGACGGCCUGCAACCAAACAGCCGUCAUCAAACCCCUCACUAAAAGUUACCAAGGCUCCGGCAAGAGCCUGACCUUUUCCGAUACCAGCACCAAGACCCUUUACAGCGUGGAGGAGGAGGAUGCCCGGCCGAUCGGCUUCAGCCCGCCCAGCAGUCCUUCCAUGGUGGUGCACCGACGCGUGCCAACCGCGGUGAGCACCCCGCCUCUGCCGCCCUGCCUGACCGCAGAGGAGACCCCCCUCUUCCUGACCGACCCGGCCGUCCCCAGGGGCUUGCCCCCUCCCCUCCAGCCGCCGCCGCCGCCGCCGCCGCCAGCGCAGAAAUCCCUCAUGGACCAGCUGCAGGGAGUGGUCAACAAUUUCAGCGCCGGGAUCCCGGAUUUCAACUCGGUGCUCGCAGUCCCCGGGGCCCCGGGGGACGGGCUGCGGCCCCUCUUCCCGCCCCCGGCGCCUCCGCAGCACCUGCAGAUGCUGCCGCUGCAGCUGAGCUCCUUCGGGGAGGAGCCCGUCUCCCCGUCGGCCGAGGACGACGACGAGGACGACAGCGAGAGGUUCAAGCUCCUGCAGGAGUACUUGUACGAGCGGGAAGGGAACACGGAGGAAGACGAAGUGGAGGAGGAGGAGGAGGAGGAGCUGCGGGCGGCCAGCAAACCAACCCCAGAGGACUCGCCCGCCCUGACGCCUCCGUCCCCCUUCCGCGACUCGGCGGCCUCGGGCAGCUCGGCGCCCAGCUCCCCCGUGUCCGAGUCGGUGCUCUGCACCCCUCCCAACGUGACCUACGCCUCUGUCAUCCUGAGGGACUAUAAGCAAAGCUCUUCCACCCUGUAGGGAGGAGGUGUCCACAGGGAAAAGCAGGAGUGGUCAGGGGGCACCAGCAGCUCCGGAGACUUGCAGAAAGCUGGGGGAGGUGAGGUCAGGAGCAAGGACGAGGUCGCGGCUGCCGUCUUAGUAAGGCCAGCGGGAGGGACGCGGGACUCUGCCAGCAAAAAGUGAUCCAGGCGAAGAUUCUGAUUCUUGAAUUAUUCAAAAGCCUUCUCUGGGAAGAAAGGGAAUUCUGACAAAGCACAAUCCCGUAUAGUAUGUAACUUUAAUAGCAAAAAUGAACAAAAUCAACCAACAUAAUCUCUUCGGACCAUUGUGCUUAGAUAUACAUGCCCACACCCUUGGCCCCGCGUGGAAGGGGACAACCCGGGAGGAGCGCCCAGUUGAAUCAUUAGCUCGUCGUCAUGGUGUUCCAGCGAGCAUGGUGGAGUCAGAGCAGGUGGGUGACGGAGGGGCAGGCGUGGAAUCACCCGGAGAACAGUGAUGGACAGCAGCUCAUUUCUCUCAAGCCCUUCUCCCUACAGGGCCCACAGACCCCUGGUCUUCGGGACACUCGGGAACUGGCCCAAAAAGGGGCCACUGUUCGCCGACUGCACCCAUCCAGUGCCAGCCUUGCUGUCACACUUGGAGAAAGGUGUGUGGAUACCUUGCUGCUUUGUGAUUUCCCUUUAUUUAGAAAACAGGAAUAAGAGCAAAAUUACCACCAAAAAGCGUUUCAUCAGGAGUGCUAAGGGAGGGCGGAAUGAGAAGCAAGACAGUGCAUAAGCUUGGGGCUUUGAACAAAAUCCGUCAGCAAAAAUCAGCUUCCCAUAUCUGAUGCUCGCUUAUUGGUGAUUUC